AUGGCACCUUUCGGCAAAAUCUACUCGUAUCCAGGCAACUGGCGAGUUCAACGGGCAAGUACCCUUGCACAAGUCGCUGCUGCUCUCAAUGGCCUUGACGUUCCACUGGCUGAUGAUUUUGCCAUGGGAAAAACCAACCGUACACCCGAAUUCUUGGCCAAAUUCCCUCUGGGAAAGGUUCCUGCUCUUGAAUGUGCCGACGGGUUCUGCGUUGCUGAGGCAGCAGCCAUCUGUUCCUACCUGGCUGGCAGCGGACCUGCCGCGCAACAGCUUCUGGGAGCAGACGUCCAAACACAAGCGCGUAUUACCGAAUGGUCAUUCUUUUCAGAGAACGAGCUGGCCGCCAAUAUCAUGCCUCCUGCUGUCAUGUGCUUCCUGAAACUGGUGCCAUACGAUGAGAAGCGGUAUGAAAUGCAUGUGGCAAACCUCACACGUGCUCUGAAGAAGAUCGAGGUCUCGGUGCAGGGCGGCAAGAAGUACCUUGUCGGAUCCCAGCUGACACUGGCCGAUAUUAUGGUUGCUGGACCCUUGUUUGCUUCGAUGGCUUUCCUAUACGAUAGUGAAAUGAAGAAGGAGCUUCCAGAAACUACGCGAUACUUGCAAAGUCUAUCAGAAUUGGAGGAAUUCAAAUCAGUCUUUGGCGAACUGAAGUCGAUUGAAACACGGAUCAGACAAUGA